UCUUCAGGAAAUGAGAGUGAAAACAAAACCUCACAAAUGAGACCUGCGCAUAGUCAUUUUCUAGCUGAAGUUGGGACAUAUUAAUCGGCAUAAAAAAAUAUAUAUAAAAAAUGGAAUCUGGUGCCUAUGGGGCCUCGCUGUCCGGAGGUGACUUCGAUUUUAUGAGCUUUGUUAAACAACCUCAAACCAUAGUCCGCAUCUUGAGCUGGAUCUUUUCCAUAGUGGUGUUUGCCACCAUCACUGGAGAAGGCUAUGUCAACCCUUCACUCCUGCCUGACACCAAAUGCAUGUUCAACAGGAAUGACAGCGCAUGCGGCUUCGGAGUGGGUAUUGGAAUUUUGGCCUUUCUCGCCUGCGUCGUCUUCAUCAUACUGGACGCCUACUUCCCUCAGAUCAGCAACGCCAAAGAGAGGAAGAACAUUGUCACUGCUGACCUGGUCUUCUCUGGAGUGUGGACGUUGUUCUGGUUCAUCUGCUUCUGUGUCCUGACCAAUCAGUGGUCUCACACCACCGAAGUAGCAGGCAUCCCUGUCGACGCCGCCCGAGCCGUAGUGGCCUUCUCCUUCUUCUCCAUUGUCACUUGGGCUCUAUUGACUACAUUUGCUUAUACAAGAUAUCGCCAAGGAGUGAGUGACCUUGACCAGGGCUACACAGACCCAGCCUAUGACAACAGCACUCCUUACCCAUCCACCUCCGCCUAUCCCCCGUACCCCACCAGUGGGCCAGAGGGCUACCAGCAGUCCCCUUUCACCCCCCAAAACCAAGAGCAUCCAGCACCAUACCAGCCCCCGUCUUACUGAGGGACUGGACCAUUGACCAGAUUUGGGGGGGGUUUGAGUUUUUAAGUUGCCAUUGGUGCCUGUAGCCUGGUCCCAGAUCUGUCUGUGCUGUCUUGCCAACUCCUACGGUCAUGCCAAACACAAAACGAUCUGGGACCAGGCUAUGUUGCCUCAGCUAUGUGGACUGAUCUCAGCACUCCACUGGUCCUCUCCUUUCACCUAACUGUUUAAGUCUUAGCAGGUGUUGCGCUUACAUAAUGAAGGGUGUGUUGACAUGAUUUCAGUUGGUAUUCAUAUUGUAGUUUAGGUUGUGAAUGGAUAUUUUGCUGCAUUUUUAUACAUACAACUAGAGUGCCUGAGCUGAGCUUCAGGUAGAAUCUAAGGAAAACUGUUACUAGGGUAAAACCUAGAAUGCCAUGUAAAAAUGUGAGAUUCAGAGUGUCAUCACCACUUGAGGUAACUGUCAUAUGUUCUUUCUGUUGUUCUCUGCACUGUUUGUCUUGUAACAUAUGUAAUGCAGUCAUGUGGACACUGAAGUUCAGAUCAAACCACUGAAACAUAUGUCGCUGUCGCUGGGAACAUUGCUUUGUAUUGCAAAUAAUGAUGCUAUGCUAUGCUAUGGACACACUGUAUUUUUCUAUGCUGCCUAAUCCAGUUAUAUGGUAUAGUGCAUAUACAAAUACCUUUUGAUAAUUUCAAUGAUCUAGCCAGCCCAGGAUAUCAGAACUUAUUGCCAUAUAUCUAGAAAUCAAAUGUAUUGCUAAGUUAUUGACAAACGAAGACUGUUUUUGUUUUUCUCUGCAAACCCAUUUUUUAUUUUACCUUUAU